AUGGAUGCCUGCAUCAUUAACGAUGGGAAAUCCACUUUUCUCACACCGCCCGGAUCCAAUAAAUCGGCUAUUGAUGUUUCAAUCGCAUCUGCGGACUUGGCGCCCUUGUGUGAGGUCGUCACUGAGGAGGACACUGGAGGCAGCGAUCACUUUCCUAUAUCCAUUGGCGGUUCUCCUGAUCUUCGUCAUAUUUUUAGCUACAGGUUGGCUCUGAAUGGGAGAGACGCCAAGAUGUAUUAUUCCUCUCUUUUUUCCUCUUCAAAGGAGUUCUUCAAGGAACUCCCCGAAGAAACUAUUGAAGCUUACGAAUUUUUUGCAGAUCAUUUGAAGAGCACAGCGAGGUCGUUACUUCCGGAAAAAAUGCAUCCUCGAACGGUGCUGGCUCCUAGCAGGAGAAAACAUCCUCCUUGGUGGACGGAGGAAUGUUCCAAAGCUAUCUUGGAAAGAAGAAAUUUCGCCAAAACAUAUCAACGUUGUCCUACCCUGGAGAAUUUCCUAGCCUUUAAGAGGGCUAGAGCGGCAUGUUCCAAGAAACUUUAUAAAACAAAACGGAAACAAUGGAAAAAAUUCGUGGGCUCUUUUGAUUGUAAGACUCCUACAACUGAUAUCUGGCGAUUAUUUAAAGCCUUCAAGAGACGCAACUUCGCUGAUUUUAACAACAUAGUCCCAGGCUCUGAACAGCAACGCGAUCUUCUAUCUGAGGCAGUGAACAAGAUUUGCCUUCCUUUUUGUCCGCCGAAUUUUACCAAUAAUUUGGAAUUUAUGAUUGCAGAGGAUCUUCAUCAACAGGAAAAAGUUUUUGGCGAACUUGGGGAAUCAUUCACCAAGGAAGAGCUUAAUUUGGCUCUUACUCAAUCUAACAAAAACUCAGCCCCUGGGCUCGACCAAAUCAGCUAUAUAAUGCUCACUUCUUUGCCUGAUAAUUACCAGGAAUUUCUUUUGGAUUUAUUUAAUCGCAUUUUCAAAGAAGGCGUUGUUCCUAACUCGUGGAAAACAUCAUUGGUUAUCUUCAUUCCGAAAUCCAAUAACGAGGGGCUAAGACCUAUCUCGCUACUCUCUUGUGUCAUGAAGAUUUUUGAGAAGAUUAUUUAUUUCAGGCUACAGUGGCUGGUGGAAUCACAGGCAUUCUUACCUCAAGAACAAAUGGGUUUCAGACUUAAUAAGUCCUGUUCUGAUAGCCUGGUUACGCUCACCAACAAUAUACAAGCUAGCUUUCUGGACGGGGAGGUCGUUGUUGCGGUGUUCCUGGAUAUAAAAGGAGCAUUUGACAACGUGCUACCGCAGUCGGUGUUAACGGAGCUCAGAAGAAUUGGUGUCCCGGCCGUGGUUCGCAGGUUUGUUGAAAAUACCACUACUCAUAGAUCAGUCCAUUUUGUGGAAGAGGGUCGACUUAGCCAAAAAUUUGAGGUCAACAAAGGUACCCCACAAGGUUCUACACUCAGUCCGCUUCUAUUUAAUAUUAGCGUCAGAGAGCUGGAUCAUCACCUUCACCCGGACACUCAAUUUCUACAAUACGCGGAUGACAUAGUUGUUUACUCAUCUUCUAGACAAGCUGGUGAGGCCGUUAGAAGCAUACAAUCAUCGCUUGACUAUAUGUGCUCCUACCUGGAAGAGAGGGGCCUGGAACUGUCACCGUCCAAGACCAAAUGGAUGGUAUUCUAUGAGAAGAAUUGUAGAAAUGGAGAAUUAGCGGCUCUCAAGGUCUACAUUAGGAAUCAAUUGGUAGAAAGAGUUAACAAGACGAAGUUUUUGGGGAUUAUGCUUGAUUUUAGACUUAACGGAAUAGAGUAUUUUAAGCAGAUUAUCAGAAGAGGAAGAGCAGUGAUUAACAUCUUGUCUUCUCUGGCAGCCGUAUGGUGGGGGUCUCAUCCUCAGCUGCUAAUUACAAUUUACCGCGCGGUCUUUAGAGGCUCCAUUGAGUACGGGGCUCAAAUGUUUGUAGUUAAUAAUAAAAGAUCGUUAUUAACACAACUGCAAAGACUACAGUUUAAGGCGCUGAGAAUUGCUCUAGGUUAUAGACAAUCGACUCCUAUCAAUGCUAUUCUGUUUGAAGCCAGGGAGCCUCCCUUAAGACAGAGAUUUGCACACAUGACCGAAAGAUACAUUCUUAAAAUAAUUAGCAAAAGGGGAGGUGCUGUGUCGAACAGCUUGCGCUCCAUGGAGCUUACAGCUAGGACGUCGCGGGAGAAAUCCCUUGCUAUUUCGGCUUCACCUUCCUUUAGGUUCCAUGUUACCAACAAACACAUGAUAGACAAAUCGUUCCAGUCCACCAUUCAUCCAGCCUUUGAAACGUCCUAUCCCGAUUUUAUUUCAAGAUUCAAAUAUUUACAACCUAUUUUCAUCACCAAGGACAAACCAGAUAGGGUUAUUAUUCAAGAAUUCAUGGACAACACAGCAGAAUUGAGGAAGGAGGCAAUUACUUUCUAUACCGAUGGAUCGAAGUUGGAUGAGCGGGGCUGCGCUGGUGCGGCCUCUUACUCUCCGGAGCUGGGGGUUAGCUUUAGAUACAAGCUAACUCCGGAUACUACGGUUUUUACAGCUGAGGCGUGGGCGAUUUACCAGACUCUUCUCCUUAUUCAAGAUGUAGGAUACUCCAAAGCUAUUAUUUUCUCCGACUCUAAAAGUGUUUUAGAAUCAAUUAACUCUAGUAAAAUCAUUAAUCGCAAUUAUGUCAUCCAUUGGAUUAAGCGCCUUCUAAGAUUUUUCUCGGUAAGGGACAUUGAUGUCUCUCUGAGCUGGAUUCCGGCAUAUAGAGGAAUUCCAGACAACGAGAUAGCGGACGGAGCUGCCAAAGAAGCCACUGAGGAAGGGGGCAGAGACAAUUUUAAACUUCCGUCUUCAGACCUUGUGCUUGUUGCAGACAGAAAUGCGAGAGAACGUUUUAUUGGAUAUUUUGAGGAAGCCUCGUUAAAUAUCGGUACACAAUUCGCCAGAUUUUACUCCGAACAUUAUGGGAAAACUUGGUUUUAUCAUAUGUCUCUUAGGAGACAAGAAAUUGUUCUUAUCAAUAGACUGAGAGCUAAUCACUAUAACCUAAUUUAUAGUUUGCACAGAAAGAACAUGGUAGACUCGCCGGCGUGCCCGUGCGGGGAUUCCAGACAGGACGUCAAUCACGUUAUAUUUCAUUGUCCUCUGUCUCGGGGUAGAUUCGCGCUUCUAAGUAGAUAUUUAUCGAAAUCUUUUCCUCAUCACGCUCAGGAUAUAUUUCCCAUGCUAAUUAAACCGUCUCCCAAAUUAUGCAGGCUCUUACUCGCAUUUUUCAAAUCAUUGAAUUUAUUGAUCUAA